UGAAGAAUAAAGCUCCGCAGAGAAACUCAAUUGUGGCUGUGUGUCUUUUAAAUAACAUCCUCUCUCUCCCACAUCUCUCGCUCGGAAGGAAAAAACGGUGGAAGCUGAACAAUGAAGAAGAAUCAACUUAUGCAUUAACCCUGUUGUUAUGUUCCUUUCAUGGCCUGUCACAUCCUUCCUUAUUCCCACAAACCUCUUCUGUUUCGUCCCAAUCGAAAAUUCAUCAGUGGCAAGCUCCUGAAAACAAGAAUUCGGGUUCCUCGAAGUUCCGCCAUUAGCGAUGGUGGUAUCUCCUACAAUACCUUUGUUUCCGAGGCUGUGAGGCUUUUAGUUCCACAAGCAAACGUUAAUUUCUCCAAGCUCAAAGUGGAGUUCUUAGGGGACCUAUUGGAGAAUAAAGCUAUUGGAGGGAUUAUAACACCUCGCACAUAUAUUCUUUCACACUGUGACUUCACUGCUAACUUGACCUUAACCAUCUCAAACGUCAUCAACUUGGAUCAACUAGAAGGCUGGUACAAGAAAGAUGAUGUGGUUGCGGAGUGGAAGAAGGUGAAUGACGAGAUGCGUUUACAUAUUCAUUGUUGUGUUAGUGGUCUUAGUUUAUUGCAGGAUAUGGCUGCAGAGCUACGGUAUCACAUAUUCUCCAAGGAACUGCCUUUGGUGUUAAAAGCUGUGGUCUAUGGAGAUUCAGUCAUGUUUAGAGAGAACCCUGAGCUUAUGGAUGCUUAUGUAUGGGUCUAUUUCCAUUCAAGAACACCUAAAUACAACCGGAUUGAGUGUUGGGGACCUCUCAAGGACGCUACAAAGGGAAAGCAGAAAGGCAAUCAUCAAGGCUUCUUGAAUUCAAAUAUUUCUUCGCGGAAACUUAUUCAGCCUAAGUCUCUUUUUCAUACCCUGUUGACAUUUCUUCUGUGAGACAAGUUGUCAUUCUCCUCUUCUUUAACUUUUUUUUGCAAAUGAUGAGCAUCUGACACAAGUGCAAUCUGCCAACUUUCAAUUGUGUUCAUACUCGGUAUUCUUUUAAGAAACUUGUACGUAAACAUUAUCAACCACAGGCUCUUUUUCAGCGUUCCUUUUGAACAGAUUUUAAACCUUCACUUAUCUGUAUUGGUGAUUAAUAUCAAAAUCCCUUAAACAUUAUAU